AUGCAGAACGGCUCUGAGCCUGAGGAACCCGAGUUGCCCGACUUGAGCUCGUCGGACGGCGAGGAGCCGCUCUACGCGCCUUAUGAUGACGAGGGACACGACACCGAGAGCUCGACAAGCCUCGCCGACGAUGAUGCCGAAUAUGACCCGAAGCCUGGCAAGAAGAGGGUCCGCUUCCAGGGGGCCGUCCAGCGGCGAUCCAUCACGCCCAGCUGUCCAAGACCCGCACAACGCCUGAGAUGGGGCACCAAGUGUAACAUACAGAGCAGCGACAAAAUCGAGUGCCCGGACAAUGAGACCAUUGUCUCGCGCAUGGGGUCCGCUUUGCUGGAACGCUACAAUCUUCGCGAUUCCCGUGUGGCCCAGACGAAACAGCUGGUCGAGUGGGAAGAGGGCACCGUGCUCCACCAAGAGUUCGAGGUAGAAAAGUGCCUUACUUCCGGCGACGUAGAAGCGCAUUGCCAUCGAUACGACGUGAAAUCCCUCGAGACUGGGCGAAAGUACCGAUACGUUGCGGAAAUUCUAGAAGCCAUCCCUUCAAUCGUCGACUUUGAGCAAAAGUUUCUUUGGCAGGCAAACAAGGCCCACGACGCUGACUAUUUCGGCGGCGCCUAUUUUCGAGCAGGCUGCCUGCGCGACCAGCUCGAUGGCAUUCAACCGCACCAAUACUACCUCCAAGAAAUACACGAAAAAGUCGGACUGACUGCCGUCGGGUGCAAGAUGCAGCUGCGCGACCCAGCGCACUAUUCUUUCCCGUAUUGGCUGUACAGAAGCUUACUAAAGAUUGUGGAGAGCCUAUCGAACCUCGGAUACGUGCUGCGUGAUAUCUACCCAGGGAUGUUCGCGUACGAUCUGCGCUCCGAAUGCAUCGUCUUGACCGAGUUCAACUUCACCUACAGGAGGACAGCGACGAUGCCCUCAAAAGGAUGCACGUGGGAAGGCGCGUUGGAAAUAGCACCGCUCAGCUUCCUUGCCGGUGAUCGACGACCGCUCAAUCUGCUCGACAACAUUGAAUCCGCGUGGUACCUCGUCGUCCACAUGCUCUACCACCCAAUCUGGUUCACGGAUCCCGGAAACACUGGACACGUGCGCAACGCAAAAUUGCACCAUAUUGGCGAGACACCGGCGGCAUUCAACGGAGUUGCCGCGCUCGGCUCGAGGCUAUACGAUCGUCUUAACACUGGUAUGCGGGCCCUCGUACGCGCCAUUCGUAGUUAUGCUCGGGACGACGUCGACGAGGUCCAGAUGAAUCAACUUACUGCGAAGCUCUACGACAUUCUGGCCAAAAUCCCGGCGCCCAGCCUAGCGGACAUCUGCAACUUUUUCGAAAUUCAGGAGAACGCAAUCAAUCAUGGCCUGUACGUUCAAGCGGUCGCCCGUCGAAUGGAACAUCUGCAGGCGCGUCACCGGAAGACAUGCGCGCUGCGGGCCCAGCAAAAUCUGGUGGAUGAAACCGUUGGCAGACACAAGGAGCGCGCUUUUCGAUUGCGCCUGAAGGACGUCCGCGAAAAGUACCGCCAAAUCGACUUGAACCAACUGGCCGACGACGCGGAAAACUUUGCAGGUCCCUUCGCGCUGCCUGCCGAGCAAAUUCAAGUCCGCGCGGAUCGUCGUGGCGUGAAUCAUCUGAUGUCAAUCGAAGUGACGAACCGGACCCGACGAUCGAGACAUCCCCAGGACGACGAUUCGGAAGCUGACGACGAUGACGAUAAU